CUUACGAAGUCUGUUUUCUAAUCUAAUAUAUUUUUUUUUUUGUUAUUGUUUAUUCAUACUAUAAACUGACAGAUUUGCAUUUGACUUAACCUAAAAUGUCUUUUCAUUCCAAUUUUUAAAUGCAAUUUAAUUAAUAGAAUAAUUAGAAAAUCCCUCCGAGAAAUAAUAUGGCUGCAUUAUUGAAAAAACGGGCUUUGGCUGAGUAUAGCCAAACUAUACAAGAACCAUCUAAAGUCCCUACCAAAAAGUUACGAUUGAUCAAAAAAGCUCUUAGUAACAGUUCAGUAUCGGCAUAUGUUGGCUUAUUAGAGAAAGCAAAAACCAGUAAUGAAGCUUUACAAGCAUUACUCCGGAUAUCGGAUUCUGAUUAUGAUGAAGUUGAUUUAAAUGAAGUUAUUCGAAAAUUAUCCGAACAUUUUAAAACAGAAACUGAAGCGGCUGGACGUGUUAAAAUUUUAUCAAUGUUUGCUGAAAUUGGUUUAGAAACGACAGCGGAUUCAAUUUAUAUUAUCGAUGAAACAAUCUCGUUAUUGAAGACAGAAACGUCGCAUAAAGUUUUAGCGCAAGGGAUAUUAACAUGUUUGAAACUGGGAAGAGAACAUGUUACGAAUACAAAUGUUAUACAAAAAUUAUUAAGUUUCGCGCAAGAGAAUAUUAAAGACACUAGCCAUGCAGUUAAAUGCCGUUGUUUGGAAUUAAUUGGAACUCUUUUACCAAAUGAACAGGACGAACAAUCCAAAAAACUGCUAAAAUUAAUUACAAAUUACACGCAUAGUCAAGAUGCUCGUGUUCGAAGUCAAUCAUUCGCAACAAUGAUAAAGCUUCAUAAUCGUGGUUUUCAAUUGGAUGUGGAUAUUUAUAAUGGAGUUUGUUUAGCAUUAAAGGAUGAUUAUGAAAUUGUUCGACGAGAAGCUUUAUAUCUAGUUUGGUUACUUGGCAAUACUUAUCCAGAAAAGCUGAUUAUGCUACCAGAUAGUGACCAACCAAUCCGUUUAAUAGACGAUGCUUUUGGAAAAGUUUGUAGUGCAGUUACAGAUCUAACAGUUCGUGUACGAGCAGAAGCUUGUAAGUUAUUAGGGUCAAUGCAAAGUGUGAGUUCACGUUUCCUCCAACAGACACUCGAUAAGAAGUUAAUGUCGAAUAUGAGAAAAAAACGUACGGCUCAUGAAAGAGCCUGGGAAAAUGUUACAAGUGGUGAAUGGGCUUCAGGGAAAAAAUGGGCUGAUGAUGCACCAAGAGAGUUAAUCGAUGCAACAACUGUGAAUUUAAUGAGUAGUGGUGCGUGUGGAGCUUUAGUUCAUGGUCUUGAGGAUGAAUUUUUAGAGGUUCGAACGGCAGCUGUUGAGUCAUUGUGCCAUUUAUCUUUGAAUAAUAGUAUUUUUGCGAAUAUUGCAAUCGAUUUUCUGGUUGAUAUGUUUAACGAUGAAAUCGAAGGUGUACGAUUAAAAGCUAUCGAUAGUUUAACACGUAUUAGUAAACAUAUUGUACUACGUGAAGACCAAUUGGAGACUAUUUUAGGGGCACUUGAAGAUUAUUCAAUUGAUGUUCGAGAAGGUUUACACAGAAUGUUAGCGUCCUGCAAACUUGCAACAUCAACAUGUUUACAAAUGUGUGUUUCAAAAUUAUUGGAUAAUUUACGAAAAUAUCCAUGCGAUAAACGAUCAACAUGGCGUCUUUUACAACGUUGUGGAACACAACAUCCAGAAUUAACGUUACCGUUAACACCACAACUGCUAAAUACACAUCCGUUUUUCGAUACUCCAGAACCGGAUGUUGAAGAUCCGUCAUAUAUAUGCAUUUUAAUUCUAAUUCUAAACGCUGCACGGCAUUGUUCAACAAUUCUACCAUUAUUAGAAUCGCAUACAUUACGUCAUUAUCGAUAUUUACGUGAUACAAUGCCAACAUUGGUGCCAGCAUUAACAAUUCAACAUCGAAGUGCAUUCGAAACAUUUGGUGAAAAAACUGAUGAUACAAAUACAGCAAAUUUUUUGGAAACAAUUAUCACAAAUAUUGAUAAUGUGGGUGCAUCGAGUCGUGUACGAAUUACAUUACUGGAAUCCGCUCAAAAACAUUUAUUACGUUUAGCAGAAAUGGAAAGUGGUGUGGCUGGUGCAGCACAUUUUACUGCAUUACAUAUUGGGGCACAAUUAUUGGCGGAUCGUAUUGGAAAAAUGGAUAAUUUUCAUGUAUCAGCUCAAACAAAUCAUUCACUGAUAAAUGAAUUACUUUUACAUUGUGCUAAAUUACGCCAUUUAUUUUUAAAUUUAACGGACUUUGAAAAAGCUUCAGUGAAUCAAUUACGUUUACAUGCAUUAGCUCUACAAUUGGUAUUAGUUGUCCGUGGCAGUAAUGUUAGCGCCUUAUCAUUAUGUCAACAUUUCAUUCAAGCUGUGGUCGAAACUGAACGAAUGCUUGCAACAAUGUCAAUAAAACCGGAUCCAUUAAUUGCACAAAUUAUAAAUGAAUUAAGUAAUGUAGAGGAUCCAAAACCGGGAACAGUUGCAAGAUUAUUACAUCCAUUAUUAAGGAAUUUUGAACCAAAAACACCACCAAAACCACGCUCAGAAAUUAAGAUGUGUAAAGCGAAAAUAUUACAACCGUCAGGGGAAAAUGAUAGUGCAUUAAAAUUCACAGCCGGUUUAAUUGUAUCCGUUCCAUUUGAAGCGGAAUUGUUAAAUUUAAAUGAUCGUGGCACGUUACGAAUUAAAGUCAAAUAUCCGGAUCAACAAAUUCAAAUGACUGUUCCUAGAGUUGCUGAUUUACGGUCGUUAGAUUUGGAUCUUUGUGAAGAAAACAAUUUUCGACUAUUAACACAAGUAUUAUUGUCACAUCAAGUAUGGUCUGAAGCAUGUAAUGUUGCUGUUAGUUUAGCAAUAGCUGUUCCAGAAUCAGAUAGUGGACCACCAGGAUUAAAGCGACCAUCACAAGCUCCACCGGAUCCAAAUGUGAUUGAUUUAUGUAAACCAGUGAAUAUAUAUGUUGCUCCAAAACCAGUUCGAAAAGGAAUUUAAAUAUUAUAUACUUAUGUUGUUAGCAUUUGUUUAUCAUAAGAAAUUAGAAUAUUUUCGAUAUUUUUCUAUUAAUAUUUUCUAUUUAGUGUAUGUAUAAAGUUUUUCAGAAUAAAUGAUUUAGUUAGA